AUGAAACUGUUCAUCGCCGUCGUUUUGGCCUGCUUGGCUGCGGCCCAGGCUCGGGAGAUCAGCUACAAUUCGAUCGUGCCAAUGCGGGAAGCUCCUCGCAGUGCUCGCAUUGUGAACGGUUUCCCAGCAUCGCUCGGCCAGUUCCCGUACCAAGUGUUCCUGAGUGGUCAGACUGCAGGAGGCAAUCUUGCAUGCGGUGGUUCGAUCAUUUCGGCCGAAUGGGUCCUUACGGCUGCUCAUUGUCAAGUGGGUGUCAUCCAGUUCACUGUCCGCGCAGGAACGAUCAACAUUAACGAAGGUACCGUGCGCACUUCCAACCUGAUCGUCAUCCAUCCUGCCUACAACUCGGCCAACCUUAACAACGACAUCGGUCUGAUCCGUGUGAGCGAACCGUUCCCAUUGGGUGGUAAUAUUCAGCCUAUUGCCCUGCCUGGAGCUGAUCUGUCCGAGACGUUCCUGAACCGUGAGGCAACCGUAUCUGGAUUCGGACGUACCAGUGACUCGAUUCCCACUAUCUCGCAAACGCUCAACUUCGUCCACUUGAACAUUAUCUCCAACAUUCAGUGCAUGGGAGUUUACGGUGCGGCAACCAUCAUUGAUUCUACCGUGUGCGGUGUCGGUCGUGACGCUGCCAACCAAGGAACAUGCAACGGUGAUUCCGGUGGCCCGCUAGCCGUUAACGAAAAUGGUCAAUCCGUCCAAAUCGGUGUGGUGUCUUUCGUCGCUGCCGCUGGCUGUGAAGCUGGUUUCCCGUCUGGUUAUGUACGCACCACUCAUUUCCGCGACUGGAUUCGGGACCAAACUGGCGUCUAA